AUGAACAAUAACCCAGAAGCCGACGUUCUCUGGUGGGAUGCGCAUUCCUAUUACGUCCUAUGCCCGUAUUGCGAGGGUGUCCAUCGCCAUGGCAUGAAUUGGGAUGGACCCCAGUCGCGAGUCUCACAUUGCGAGAACGCAGAAAGCUAUAUCUGCUGCUUUCCUAUCAAUGACCAGGGCCAGGUUGCUUAUGAGAUUGAUAAGAAAGAAGGGCGAUAUGUGAAUAUCUGCGCUGCCGGUGGUGCGGGCACCGAUGAAAUAGAUUUGUUGUCACAAGGAUUUAGUAGGAUGGUCAGCAUUAGCAGAGAAGAAGCUGAGAUUGGAGUGACUGAUCCAAAUAUCUACGAUGACUCCAAUGAAAUGAUAACUAUCGAUUUAAAGGAUGGCUCGAAGCCGUUAGAACAAAAAAGGAUCGUCUUUGCUAUCAGUGCCUGCGCCAGCGGAAGAACGGCAGCGGUUCGAGAGUAUCUGGAGUCUUCUGUUGAACCUCAAAUCUUCAUCCACGGACGAAAACCGGAUGGUGAUAUCACACUCAUCAUGGCAGCAGCGGAAGCAAGUCCAACCAUGGUGUCGCUGCUUCUCGACCACGGAGCCCAGGUGAAUACCGUCAAUCGCAAUGGACGGAGCGCGCUCAUGGAGGCAGCACUCUGGGGCAGACUGGGCAAUGUGAAGCUGCUUCUGGAGCAUGGAGCGGAUGAGAAUUUGCGCGAUGAGAAAAACUGGCUUGCCAUCGACCUGGCUCGACCGACUCACAGGAAUCGACGUGAGAGAUACGAGCGAGCCGGAGGAGACCUUUCGCCUACCUCUAAUCAAGAGCCAGCUUAUCGGGAGGAUAACUUCAAAAGAGAUAUCGAUCGCCAAAGCAUUGUCCGCCUUCUGGGUGGAGAGGACAGGAAGUCGAAUAUUGUUUACGGCAGUCCCCUGACAGUAUCGCGGUGCGAAGAAUACUCCUUUAAGCGGUCACCAAUGAAGAACUCGAUCAUGCUGCAGGGCCCCAUUGCAAACUAUCCCAUUACUGGGCCGAGAAAAACCAUCGCACGGUUAGAAAGAGGCGGCCAAUUUGCAUCUGUUGCAGCUAUGAGUGGUUGGUCUCAUGAUUUGCUGCAGCUCGUCAGAGUCAGUGGUCGGCAGUGGACAAGGGAGGUUUUUUAUCUCUCACGUAUCGUUGGCCACAAUUUGGCCUGCGAUGAUUUUGAUCAAGGUAUACCGGGCCAAUACCAUGCCUGCCAUGCAGAAAAGCAACUAAUCGCAUAUUUCGUCGACCGUCAUGUUUUUCUCCCACGCGACACCGUUUCAGACCCCGAACUUGAAGCAGAAAUCGAGUGGGUGGAGGACCAGUUGGACACAGGUCCUGAAACCGAAGAGCUGACUGCUUUGGAACGUCAGUUGGAUACUUUGAAUCAUCGGAAAGAACGGCACACAGCCCUUAUUGAUAUGUCCAACGCCAGACCGCCGGUGUCAUUGACUGAAGCGGUGAUAUUGAUCAGUUCCCCUGUCUGUGAGGACUGCAUGGAGUUUGAAAACAAGGUUAAUCAGGUUCUUGGGCUAUCAAUACAACUGUUUGCAGCAUGCUAA